ACCCAAGACAAUCCUUAUAGCAUGUGGGUUAGACCGACUGCAAGAUUUGGAUUGAUGACACAACAGCACCAUUCGGGUAGAGGAAAUAGUGGAGUAACAGCAAGCAAUUUUGCAAGUGCUUGGUUGCACUAGUUUAGAACAAAAGUCGUGACCUAACACUUUGCAUGAGGGACAUAAAAGUCCGUGGCAUCCGCAUUUGGGCCACGAUGAUGCAUGCUACAGUUGAUGGAGACUUCGAAGCAGACGAGUCCCAGUAUUUAUUAUCAGAUACAGACGCUGACACAAGAACAGUUACGAUGACGGGAACACAACGGCUCUGCUGCCUGUCUUUCUGCAUUCGCAAUUUUUGUGCACGAUUAUGUGAGGGCCUUGUGAGCUGUUGCAUUCGACGUCGGCAACUCUCAUCAAGAUCAAUACACAUCGGCUACCAAACAGCCGAAAAGUUUCCACCAAAUGUUAUCAGAAAUCAAAAAUUCAAUUUCUUCACUUUCAUCCCACUGGUUCUCUUUGAACAGUUCAAGUUCUUCUUGAACCUAUACUUUCUAGUAAUGGCUACGUCACAGUUUAUCCCAGAACUACGAAUUGGAUAUCUUUAUACGUAUUGGGGUCCUUUAGGUUUUGUCAUCCUCGUCACCAUGAUUCGUGAAGCUGUUGAUGAUGUCAGAAGACGACAAAGGGACAAUGAAGUCAACCAGCAGAAAUACAAGAAGUUAACGCCACAUGGAGGAUCUAGAACUGUAACAAGUGCUAAUAUUAAAGUGGGCGAUUUAAUAUUUGUGGAGAAGGACCAACGUGUGCCUGCGGACAUGGUGUUUCUUCGCACAACAGAGGCCAAUGGUGCCUGCUUUAUCCGUACUGACCAGUUAGACGGAGAAACGGACUGGAAGCUAAGGUUGGCAGUUCCUGUUACUCAGAAACUAGAGACAAAUGAGGAGCUGUUCAACAUGAAUGCUAUGGUUUAUGCUGAAAAGCCACAGAAAGAUAUUCACAACUUUAUCGGGACAUUCACCAAGCAUGAUACAGAUACAGAAGAGUCACUGAGUGUGGAGAACACAGUCUGGGCAGGGACAGUUGUUGCCUCAGGAAGGUUGCUAGGACUCGUUGUUUACACUGGAUGUGAAACACGCUCUGUCAUGAACAAUGCUGCUCCCAGGUCCAAGACGGGACUUCUGGAUUUGGAAAUAAACAACCUCACAAAGCUUCUCUUUGUAGCUGUGUUGGGCCUGACCGUUGUGAUGAUGUGCCUAAAAGGGUUUGGUGGGCCUUGGUACCGCUACUUUUUCCGUUUUCUGCUCUUGUUUUCGUACAUCAUUCCCAUCAGUUUACGUGUGAAUCUGGAUGUGGGAAAGGCCUUCUACUCCUGGGUCAUCCAACGUGACCAGGAGAUGCCAGGAACUGUUGUCCGUACAACGACAAUACCUGAGGAGCUAGGGCGAAUUAAUUACCUUUUAACUGACAAGACAGGGACUCUUACACAGAAUGAGAUGGUGUUCAAAAUCCUUCAUCUUGGCACAGUAGCUUAUGGGACAGAUACUUUUGAUGAGGUUCAGGCACAUGUCAACACCUUCUUCUGCAAAGAUGCAAGUAGUGCUGGUGCCUCUGGCACACCCACUCGCAUGAGGCGAACAGUUGUGACUCGUGUUGGAGAAGCUGUCAAAGCCCUUGCUCUGUGCCACAAUGUCACUCCUGUAUAUGAGGAUGGAUCUGGCCAGCCUCCAGAGGAAUCACAGAACGGAGAUCAGCCUCACACUGUUCUCUAUCAAGCCUCCAGCCCUGAUGAAGUGGCCCUUGUGAAGUGGACAGAGAGCGUUGGUCUCCCUCUUGUCCACCGCGACCUCACCACCCUCACCCUCCGCACCACAAGUGGCAAGCUCCUAACCUACACUGUGCUGCAGAUCUUCCCCUUCACUUCUGAGACCAAGAGAAUGGGCAUUAUUGUCAGGGAGGAGCUGACUGGUGAGAUUGUCCUUUAUAUCAAAGGUGCAGACACAGUGAUGGCAUCAAUGGUUGAGUAUAAUGACUGGCUUGAGGAAGAGUGUACCAACUUGGCUCAGAAAGGUCUACGUACUCUGGUGGUGGCAAGGAAGGUCCUCACACCAGAGCAGUACACACAGUUUGAGCAACGCUAUAAUGCUGCAAAAUUGAGUGUAACAGAGAGAGGAAGUCGUGUAGCUGCUGUUAUUGAGACUUUGGAGUGUGAUCUCGAACUGCUGUGUUUGACUGGGGUAGAGGACAAACUGCAGAACAAUGUUAAGCAGACACUUGAGUUGUUGAGAAAUGCUGGUAUGAAGAUCUGGAUGUUGACUGGAGACAAGCUUGAGACAGCCACCUGCAUUGCCAAGAGUUCACGCCUUGUUUCCCCCAACCAAGGGCUGCAUGUCAUGGGCAAUGUGUCCACACGAAGAGAGGCGCACUUGGAGCUGAAUGCCCUUAGAAGGAAAAGUGAUUCUGCUCUUAUUAUAAAGGGUGAUGCCUUAGAGACCUGCCUUCAGUACUACGAGCAUGAGCUGAUGGACCUUGCUGUACAGUGCCCAGCAGUUGUGGUGUGCCGAUGCUCACCAACUCAGAAAGCGGCGGUGGUACGUCUCAUUCAGAGACACACAGGGAAGCGCACAGCAGCUGUAGGGGAUGGAGGCAAUGAUGUCUCCAUGAUCCAGGCAGCAGAUGCUGGGAUUGGUAUUGUGGGCAAGGAAGGUAAACAGGCAUCCUUAGCAGCUGAUUUCAGCAUUGACCAGUUCCAGUACAUAGCCCGCCUUUGCUUGGUCCACGGCCGUGAUUCUUACAAGAGAUCAGCUGCUCUCUCCCAGUUUGUGAUGCAUCGUGGUCUUAUCAUCUCAACCAUUCAAGCUAUAUUUUCAUCAAUCUUCUACUUUUCAAGUGUUGCUCUCUACCAGGGCUUCUUGAUGGUAGGAUAUGCAACUGUGUACACCAACUUCCCUGUGUUCUCUCUUGUGCUGGAUAGAGAUGUGUCUCCAAACAUUGCUCUUACUUACCCAGAGCUGUACAAGGACUUAACCAAAGGAAGAUCACUGUCCUACAAGACCUUUUUCAUAUGGGUGCUUAUCAGUAUUUACCAGGGAAGAGUGUUGAUGUACGGUGCAAUGUUGCUGUUUGAAGACGAAUUGAUCCAUGUUGUUAGCAUCAGCUUCACAUCACUAAUCCUGACAGAACUUUUGAUGGUGGGGCUGACAGUGCGCACAUGGCACCCACUGUUAGCCAUGAUCGUAGCCCACUUCCUCUCUCUUGGCUUCUAUGCCUUGUCCAUCAUCUUCAUGCAUUAUUUUGACUGGAAUUUCAUCAAAUCCAAGGACUUCUUCUGGAAGGUGGUGGUGAUCACCCUAGUCUCUUGCUUGCCACUUUACAUCCUCAAGUUCCUCCGUCGACGUUUCACGCCCCCAACCUACUCCAAGCUGGAGGAGCUGAACACCUUCGGCAGCACCAACAUGACACAACCACAGCCAUAGGGUUGUGCCACCUUCCACCUCUAAGGCGUGGCCAGUGGAGGGGGGGACAGAACACUUGAGAGAAACAUUAUGGAAUCAAAACAUGAUGUGGUAGGCUUGGAGCAGAAAGGCCCUGGGAUGGGAUCAGUAAUGCUGUCUGAAUGCAGAAUUUUGAUCGAAAUGAUCAGCAUAAAUUAUGAAAUUCAUAUAUAUGGUUUCUGUUCCAUUUAGAAAGGGUGAUUGUGUUUUGAUAUGGAGCUUUAUAUAUUUAUAUUAAUAUUUAUAUCUGUAAUUAUAUUGUAUAAUGUAAGGGAGUCCAUUGCAAUAGCAAGUAUGUAUGCUUUAUAGUAGUACUCAUUCUCACUAUAUGCUUUUCCCCUACUUUUAUUUUUUCUAGAUAUAUUUUGCUUCAGAAAAGAAAAUAUUCACUUACACUCUUUGCAGCAUCCUUUGCGCUCUGUGCAUCAUUCUCAUUCCAGUUAAUUCCAUUUAAAUGCACACUUCUGUACACUCCUCACUUCGUCCUUUCUCUUGUGUUGCUUUGCUUCCUUCUUUGAGCUCUCUUCCCUGAGUGAUUCUUCUUCUGUUGGACACAUUUUAAUAUUUCUCUUUGAUGAAAAGCAUUGGUUUAUAAACACAAGAAGAGUUCAUAUUAUUUUGACUUGAAAGCAAGUUUCCAGGAAGCAAAGUCUUCCUUAGAGGGAAUAGCUAAUUCAUAAUGUUUUAUUGUUUCUCUCUCGAUGUCUUUUUGCCUUUAAAGACUUAAGUUGUUUGGUAUUUUGGUUGUGGUGUUGCAGUUCAAGAAAACUAUUGCAAUGCAAUUUGCUAUGGAACAAGAUUUUGAUAGGUAAAUACCCUAUGGUGUAUAAAGAGAGUUUAAUACACUUGAUUUAUAUGAUGAUGUGCUGAUAGUGUGUUUUGAUGGUUAAUAUAUCAUAUUUCUUGUAUUUCAAUUCAUAUUUAGGUAGAGCAGAGCACAUUCUGUGCUUUCACAGAAGAAAAAAGUUUAAAGUUUUACUAACAUGAACACUAUUUUUGAUCCAUGGUGUAUCUGAUUAUUUAUUUUUUUAUGUUACAUUUAUUUUAUUCAGUGAAUUUUAAGGAUCUUGGAAGAAAUGUAAAUGCUUUGUUUCUUCUUUUUCAUUCUUGAUUUUGUUUUCUCUUUCCAUUUGUUUUCCUUUGUUAUUUUUCUUUUUUUCAUUUCCAAUAUCUUUUUUUAUGCUUGUUUGGUUUUCUUUUUUCUCUCACCUCUAAAUCUUUUCUCAUUUCCAUCAAUUUCUUGCCUAUUUUUUAUUAUUAUUUUGUCUUUCAAUUUGUAUCCUACUUUUUCUUUUUCUUUUCCACUCUAUUGAAAUUUUGUUUUAUCCCUUUGUCAGUUCCACUGGUUUUAUUUUCUACUUUUUCUUUAGUUCAUGUUUUUUAUCAUAUAUAUAUAUUUUUUUCCAGUAAGAUGUCAUUCCAUCCUCCUCCUCCUCCUCCUCCUCCUCCUCCAUCUUAGCAUAGAUAACUGCGUACAGGUGCCUUUACAAUUGCUUAUAGAGUAAGAAUGGAUUUCAAAGAAAUAUCAUAAAAGUGCCAGAUACUUGUUGAUUUUUAAAAAGGGCAGAGCUUGUUAACAUAAGGAGGUAAUUAGUUUGUUAAUACAGGAGUUACAUGGACGGCCAGUAAGGAGGAAGGUACUAAUGCUUGCUGAGUAUAUACAUUUAUGUGCGUUAUUCACAUUCUUGUCUUUAUAUUACUAGUCAGAUAUUUGUUGUUUUUUUCUCAUAGCUCUAGCUAAUAAAACUUCUCUUGGUAUUCUCAGUUUAGGUAAAUAAAGAGAGUGCUUGAAGAUUAAUUAUAUAAUGUGCUGUCCAAAAUGACAAUAAAAAUUACUAUAUC